AUGGCUGAUCCUUCAUCGUCUUAUCAAUUGCUCACUGCCUCCAUACGAAACUCCCAGCUCCACGAAGCCAAGCUCUUGUUUGAUUCGCUCCAAUCGACCACGCUCGUUCUGUGGACCGUCCUGAUGGAUGCGUAUGCGAAGAAGGGGGACGUCUCUGCGGCUAAGAGAAUGUUUGACGGGCUACCUUUGCGGGAUCUGGUGUCGUGGACGUGCUUUCUUUCAGCAUAUGCCCGUAAUGGGCAUCUGCAGCAAGCAAGAGACUUGUUCCUUGAGAUGCCCGAAAGGAAUCUAGUCUCCUGGAACUCUUUGCUUUCGGCAUAUGCCGAAGGUGGGAACCUCCAAGAUGCUGAGAGCAUUUUUCAUGAGAUGCCCGAGCAUAAUGUGGUCUCGUGGACUUGCAUACUCACAGUAUAUGCCCACAAUGGGCAUAUUACACAAGUAGAGCGAAUAUUUCAUUCUAUGCCUGAGAGAAAUUUGGUAUCAUGGAGCUCAAUGCUGGCAGCGUACACGCUCCACAAGAUACUUGACCAUGCAAUUCAAGUGUUUAACGAGAUGCCAGAGAGGAAUCUAGUGUCUUGGAAUGCAAUGCUUUCGGGAUAUGCCAGAGCCGGAGAAAUUGCCCGGGCCAAGGAUCUCUUCGACCAGAUUCCGGAACGGAAUUGGGACACGUGGACGGUGAUGCUCGACUGCUACAUUCAGAGCGGAGAUCUAACGGCCGCAGAGAUAUUCCACCGCAGAAUGCCAGUUCGCCACCUUGCAUCUCACACGUCGUUGGUGGCGGCUUUUGUGGACCAUGGCCUGGUCUCUCUAGCGAAAACUGUGUUUGACCAAGCUCCACGGUUGGAUCUCAUCCUGUGGACGGCCAUGAUUGCUGGAUUUGCUCAAACGGGACAGAUCAGCGACGCAAAGAGAAUGUUCGAUGAGAUUCCCGAGAGUGAUCUAGUAUCCUGGAGCUCAAUGCUGGCAGUAUAUUCCCAGAAUGGUCGUUUGGAGGAGGCCCACAGUUUGUUUUCAAGGAUGCCCGAGUGGAAUCUGGUAUCUUGGACAAGCUUGCUAGCAGCAUAUUCCCAAGAAGGGCAUCUACAGCAAGCGAAGCAAAUCUUCUAUCAGAUGCCAGAGUGGCAAGUGGCCGCCUGGACGUGCAUGUUCGUGGCAUAUGCCCAGAACGGGCAUAUUCGCCUUGCAAGGGACCUCUUCCAUUCCAUGCCAGAGAUUGACGUCAUAUCAUGGGCCGCGAUGCUGGCAUCCCAGUGUGACAGUGCUACCGAAUCUUCCCGUGCCCUGGAGAUAUUCCAUGAGAUGCCAAUGACAAUGCCACCCAACCACGCUUGCUUCUCGUCCGUACUCAUGGCCAGCAUUCACAAGGGCGAUGUGUACGGAGCCCGCGGCUACUUUGUUUCAAUGGCCCAGGAUUACGGCCUUAAUCCUCUCAAAGCCCACUAUUGCUCCAUGAUCGACGUCUUGGGCAGGGGCGGAUACCUGGAAUCUGCGGCGGAGCUGAUCGACACGAUGCCGUUCAUGGCCGACGGCGUGGAUUGGACGUGCUUCCUGGCGUCGUGUAGAAAUCACAGCGACCUAAAACACGGUGGAGCCGCCGCUAAGUCGGCCAUUGGCAAGGAGCCACGAAACUCCGCCGCGUACGUGCUGCUCGCAAACGCCUGUAACCCUAAAUUCAAACGCGACGACCGUUGA